AUGUUGCGCUGUAUCCGGCAGUACUCUGCGCAUGCGUACCAAAAGACGGUACGGCUGCCUCGAUCGCAGUUUUCACCGAGGUCCGACCUUCGGAAGACGUACGAGCAAAUUCUUCCCCAGGCGUGCGACCAGCUGUACAGAGAUCAGUACCAAGAACUCUUGCAGAAGGUUCAAGAGCUUCCAGAUGAUACAGACAAGGCUAAUUUUGUGCGGGAUCGAGUAUUUGUGCUUCAUGAUGGCCCCCCUUAUGCCAAUGGCGACUUGCAUGUAGGGCAUGCGAUGAACAAAAUCUUGAAGGACAUUAUGUCCAGGUAUCAGUUGACGAAAGGCCGCUAUGUGUUUUACCGGCCCGGCUGGGACUGCCAUGGGCUGCCCAUCGAACUCAAGGCGCUGCGGUCGCUGGACUACGAUACGGCGGCAAUUUCGCCGCAGCAGGUGCGUGCGAUGGCUGCGCAGCACGCAGAAGGGGCUAUUGCCGCGCAGCGCAAGCAAUUCCAGCAGUUUGGGAUCCUCACGGAUUGGCAAGACACCUACCGCACAAUGGAUCCGGGCUACGAGAUUCAGCAGCUCCGUUUGCUGCAGGGCAUCUUUGCGCGCGGACUGAUCCGGCGUCAGCGCAAGCCAGUCUACUGGGGGACGGAGACGCGCACAGCAUUGGCGGAGGGAGAGCUGGAAUAUCGCGAUGACCACAUUUCGAAGGCAGCUUACGUUUACUUUCCGCUAACGGAGGGCGCGAGCGCCACGCUACGCGAGCGCCUGGGCACGUCCCUCCCAGAACAGCCCAUCGUGUGUCUCAUCUGGACGAGUACACCGUGGACUCUGCUGUCAAACAGAGCCAUCUGUUUCCACGAUGACCACGCGUACCUGCUUCUGCAAUGGAAGGGUAUGCUGGUGGUAGCCGAGAGAACUGAACUAGCUGACUUUAAAUGGAGUGGUGACACGCCGGUGGUGGUCACCUCAUUCCGCGGUUCUGACCUCCGCGGGCUCUAUUAUACCAAUCCACUUCUUGGGGACGCCGUUAGUAGGCCGCUGCUGCAUGGAGACCAUGUCACCGCCGACACAGGUACUGGUCUGGUACAUACUGCGCCAGGGCACGGCCAGGAAGACUACCUAGUAGGUCAGGCGCACGGCAUUGAAGUCUACUCGCCAGUCGACCAUGAGGGGAGGUAUAUUCUGGAUGAUAUUCCUCCACACCUCCGUGAUAUGCUAAGAGAAGAGAGCGGUAAGCCGCUGAAGGUUACAGACCAGAAGACUGCAGGCGUCAUCAUCAAGUUGCUAGAAGAGCACAAGAUGCUCCUGCAUUCGCAUGAAUACACACACUCAUAUCCGUACGACUGGAGGUCGAAGAAGCCUGUUAUUCUAAGAGCUACACCUCAGUGGUUUGCAGACCUGAGUGACAUGAAGCAUCACGCAGUGGAGAGCCUGGAGAACGUUGAGUUUUUCCCUGCCAGGGGGAAGAAACGGCUCGAGGCGUUCAUCAAAAGCAGAAACGAGUGGUGCAUCUCUCGCCAGAGGUCCUGGGGUGUGCCUAUUCCUGCCCUUCAUCUGAGAAGCAACCCGGAUGAGGUUCUAUUGAACAAUGAAACACUGGCUCAUAUCAUCGAGACGAUCAGCAAAGUGGGUAUUAACUCGUGGUUUGAGGAGUCCAACGCUGAAAAUAUGAAGCAAUGGCUGCCCGAGAAGUACCACGACGUUGCACAUCUCUACUACAGGGGCAGGGACACCAUUGACGUGUGGUUUGAUAGUGGAAGCAGCUGGAACCUCUUGGAAAAAUGGUACACGGAGACCCUGGGGCUGAAAAAGCCCCUGCAACCCCUUGCGGAUGUGUAUCUGGAGGGUUCCGACCAGCACCGGGGCUGGUUCCAGAGCUCACUGUUGACCAAGGUCGCGGCCUCUGGCACCGUAGGCGCUCCUUUCGGAAAAAUUGUAACUCACGGGUUUACACUAGAUGAAGCUGGGCUCAAGAUGUCAAAAUCCCUCGGUAAUACAAUUGCGCCGUCUUCGAUAAUUGAGGGCGAUCAGAAGCUUCAGCUGCCGCGCCUCGGUGUGGACGGCCUCCGUCUGCUCGUUGCCCAGGCAGACUUCACGAAGGAUGUGGCGUUCGGGCCGCUCAUCGCGCGACAUGUUGCCGACUCACUGAAGAAGGUCAGGCUUACUUUCCGCUUCAUUCUUGGCAACCUGCAGGAUUGCCCAUCGGUUGCAUCUGCUGGCGAACAGGCCUCGUUGGCCCCGGGAGACUGCGCGCAACUGCGCCGGAUUGACUGGUAUAUCCUCGACAAGACACAGAAACUGACCGCCAAGUGUCAGGGGCUGUACGAAUCCCAGAACUACUCCAAUGUCAUCAGUCUUGUUCUGUACCACAUGAGCAACGACCUGUCCCUCUACUUUGAUGCUUCGAAGGACACGCUUUACAUGGAACCCCCACAUAAUAAGAGGCGUCUGGCCAUACAGACGACCCUGUUCCACAUUCUGGAUGCCUAUCGCAGCAUUCUGGGCCCCAUCAUGCCCGCGCUCGUUCAGGAGGCGUGGAACUGCCUGCCCAGAGAGUGGCUCCGCGGUGACACAACGCCUGCCUUGCGCAGACCCUGGCCCGCGCUGCCUGCUCUGGCGGACCGCAUCAGGGACUGCGAAACUACAGAUCUGGCACUCGUAACCGCCUUCCGCCAAGCUCUAGCCAGGCUGCCGCAUGUCAGAAAGCCAGAGCAAUGCAGAGUAAUCAUUUACAUGCCAGACAGCGCACUCUACACCGUGGAAGACGUCAUGGAACUCACCCAGGCAGGAGAGGUGAUCAUCGAUGGAUCCAAAGACCGCGUGCUCGCACUUCCACAUGUCUCCAAGCUGGACGCGAACAACGAUAUCUUACUGGCGGUGAAAGAAAGCCCGAAUCACAAAUGCCCACGAUGCUGGAAGCACGCAUCUCCCGAGGCCGACGCUCUAUGUAAUCGCUGCGCCAGAGUCCUCCAGUAA